GCGUGCGGAAUGGUUUGUGUUUCGUCUCUCUUUGUCUAGGUUUUCUGCCAAUUUGUUGAUUUUAAAACAAAAUGGGUGCUGACGUUGAGGAAGAAACGAUUCCACCGUCCUGCGUGGACAUCGAAUUCCAAGACCUUUCUUACAAAGCAGGAGGGAAAACGAUAUUACAUGGUUUGAAUGGAUUUUUCAAAUCUGGCCAAAUUUCUGGGAUUCUCGGCCCAUCUGGUGCCGGAAAAAGCUCAAUGAUGGACAUUCUCAUCGGUUAUAAGACUGCCGGUGUGAGUGGCAACAUUCUGACAAACGGUCGGAAACGUGAGAUGUGCAACUUUAAUAAAAUUUCCUGCUACAUUCAGCAGAAGGAACUCGUGCAACCGCAUUUAUACGUCGAUGAGGCCAUGCACGUGGCCGCCUGCCUCAAACUAGGGCCUAUCGUGACCAAAGAAAAGCGAACGCUGAUAAUUAAUGAAAUUUUGGAAACAAUUGGCCUUUUGGAGUGUCGGCGGACGAAAUCGGAGAGGCUAAGCGGCGGGCAGAAGAAGCGGCUGAGCAUCGCGCUUGAGCUCAUCAGCAACCCUCCCGUCCUCUUCCUGGACGAACCCACCACGGGCCUGGACGUGGUUGCAGCAACGCAGUGCAUCAAACACCUGAGCUCAGUGGCCGCUCAGGGCCGCACCGUCGUCUGCACGAUCCACCAGCCAAGUGCCCUGAUUUUCUCGAUUUUCCAGCACGUCUACUUCCUGACUGACGGAUUCUGCGUUUACCAGGGACAGGCCGACAGGAUAGUAGAUUUUUUGGCUUCAGUCAAUUUACCUUGUCCUCAGUACAACAAUCCCGCUGAUUACGUGGUGGAGCUGUCGCACGGAUCGCCGAUGCAAGUCGCCGUUCUGAGCGACACCAUCCAAAACGGCAGACGCAGCAUAGGAAUCAACGCGUUUUGCCAGCCUUCAUCUACUUUACAAUUAGCGGAUAGAAACCUGCCAGACGGGUUUGCAAAAUUUCCUACGUCAACGUGGUACCAGUUCCAAGUACUGGUGCGCAGGAUGCUUCUACAAACCUCAAGGAGCAAGGCUAUGUUGAGGAUGAUGUUGAUAUACCACCUGUUGUGCUCAUUACUGCUGGGCGGAAUAUUCCAAGAUAUAGGAAACGAUGCCGGAAAGGCCUACGAAAACGUCAAAUUCUUCGCCAGCGUGACUGUGUUUUUCUUGUAUUUUCACAUAAUGGCAGCAGUGAUUGUUUUUCCCGGGGAAAUCGAAUUGUUGCGGAGAGAGUACUUCAACCGCUGGUAUGGUUUGAAGCCCUAUUUUUUCGCCGCCACAGUCGCCAGACUGCCAGCACAGCUCGUCUUAGGGUUGGUUUUCAUGGUGAUCACCUACUACAUGACCGGGCAGCCCCUGGAGGCAUCUAGAUUCGCGCCUUUUGUCAUCAUUUGUUUGCUCAACGCUGCUAUCUCGGAGACGCUCGGACUUCUCAUUGGAUCUUUUUUGCCAUUAACGCAAGGUGCAGCGGUAGCACCAUCAGUGGCUUGUUUCAACUUCAUGCUAGCGAUGUACGGCAUCGGCUUUGGCCCCGAAAUGGAACCCUUUUGGGCCACGCUCCAGUCAUGCUCAUACAUCAAGUACAUAUUCACGGGCUAUGUGCUCGACAUGUACGGCCCUGACCGAGGCGUGCUGCCCUGCAAGGAUGAUGUCUACUGCCACUUCAGGCGACCCUCGGAGCUGCUGAAAAUGUUGGGGUUGCUCGGCUCGGAUCUGUCUGUCCAAAUUGUCGUUCUUACCGCAUUUUUGGUUUUCUAUAAAUCACUCUCGUAUUUCGCUCUUAAAUUAAGACUAACGCCUGAGUAUUGGAGCACAGUGGUGAAUAAUCUGAAUUUUUUAGGGAGGAAUUCGUGAGAAA